CUGUGGAAUCCCUUUUUAUUUUUCCAUUUUCUCCCAAAAUAAUAAAAAUAACUGGAGAAUAAUCAUACUAUGCCAUCAUGGAUUUAGCUGCUUCGGAUAGUUCCUCCAGCUUGACGAUGCGCUGGAUAGCUUACGUCCUUAUCCUGGCUUGAUCCCCCUCGUCUUUCACUAUUUAGUCCCUUGAGACAAAUGGCGCCCGAGGAAGCAUGUACACUGCCUUGUAUUUCGCCGCCCGCCUGUUGUUCUUCUGCCAAUCUUCCCCAAAUCACCCGUAACGCGACAAUAGGGCACGUCACAACAGGUCGAAACCGGCGUCCGCAAGUUCGUUGGUGGAGCGAAGGAAGACGGUAACCAGUGAUUUUGUAACAUCCCGGAUAUCCCGACCAUUGGUCGAGAAAUUCAGAAGCGGAAAAUAAGGCAGAACUAGUUAGACCGACUCUCUCUCGCCCUUUUUAUUUUUGUCAGGGAGAUUUCCCACAUUCUCUAGAUCAGGUCGGUACUGUACCACUUUGGGGCAGAGGAACCUUUUCCUUUCCUUGACGCGGGCUCUUUCCUUUGGCCGUUCCUCCAUCCUGGUUUCCGCCCUAUUGCCGUUGCACCCACAUGGUGUAAGGGCGGUGGCGGCUGAUCGACUCAUAGACCUAAACCGGGACUUCGCCAAUUUAUUUAACCAUUGCUCGCGUGCUUUCCACCAUCUUAGGAACACGAUUCUGGAAUUUAUCUGAUCCGUUCCAUCAUCCUUACCCUUCAGGGAACUGCUUUCAAUUCCUAACGACCACUUUCCGCUGCGCUUGUUGCCUUCUCCAUUUCCCCCUGCCACCAAAUAGGCACCGUGGCUAGAUCGAACUAGCAAAUAUUUUUUUUUCUCACUCGCGAUUCACAGAGGAAUCAGCAAUCCAUCUCAAACUAAUUGGGGUGUAUAUGGUUGCUCUGUGUAUUCGUGAACGAACCCCCACAGAAAAGGUGGAUAUCGCCUCGCUUCUGCAGUCUCAAGAUGAGGAGGAAGAAAAGAAGGAUAUAAAUGCCAGGCAGGUGAUAACAGAUCCUGCAGUCGCGCAACUCCGGACGCAAAAAAAUUCCAGGUCUCCUCGCGCGGGGAUAGCCACAGAAGCGGAAGUGACAUCGUUACCUGAUCCUCAGAUCUUAUCAUCCACAAGACCAGCAAAACGGCUACAGCCUGCGCCAUCCUUUGAAAUCCCUGCCAAAAAACAAUCGAAAUGGUCGGCUGAAGAAGAUGCUCUAAUAAUAGAGCUUCGAGGCAACGGGUUAAAGUGGGAGGAUAUCAGCAAAAAGCUACCUGGCAGAAGCGCCCUUAGCUGUCGGCUCCAUUACCAAAAUUACCUUGAACGACGGAGUGAGUGGGAUGAGGACCGUAAGAAUAAACUGGCUAGGCUAUACGAAAGAUUCAAAGCAGAUAUGUGGUCCAAGAUAGCAGCAGAAAUGUUCGUCCCUUGGAGAGCAGCUGAAGCUAUGCACUGGCAGCUAGGAGAGCACGAGAUGGCGAGACGAGCUGGUGUAUUGCCAUUUCUACUUACGCAUCCAACAACGGAGCCUCCUCCCAAGGUGCGCAGAAUAAACACAGCAGCAUCCAGACCGAGGCGAGACUCAGCGAUACGAGGCUCAGGCCAGCAGCUUCCUUCUGUUGCUGAGUUGACUGCCGGCGUUCCCGCGUACGCAUCAAGCCAGCCGCGUGAGCUUUAUUCAAAGUCAAAAUCUCCAAAGUCGCCUUCAGAGCACAAGGUUGGCCACCCCGGAACUCGUUCAGGCGCAGGAGUUCGCUCUAAGAAAUGA